AUGUCUCUGAAGAUUGAUGGCCAUGCCAUCAUGAGUAUUAAGAGUGGAGCUUCACGAGCUGACCCAGAAGAUCAUCAAGUUGAUUUAGCAGCUAUCACAUCUCAUGCUGUUUCUAUUGGAGAUGUUGGUGUUUCAUUGACUACGGAACAAAAGCACUUCAUUUUAAGAAGACUUAAUUACGAUGGUUUACUUACCUUUGAUGAUUUACCAGUUGAAGCAACAUUUAUGAUUGAAAAGAUUGAAAAUUUGAAAAUUGAAGAAGCUCUUGAAAUCUUAGAGGAAACAUUUGAAGAAUUCAAAGAUGAUUUUAACUUUCCAGCUGAUGAUUUAGACUUGAUUGAACGCUUACUUGCUCUUGCGCCAUCACUAAAGGAUUUGAAUGGUCCUACAUCUGAAACUGCUUCUAACGAAAAGACCAGUGAAAAGAAGGUUCUGGUUCAAGAAGUUAACAUCAAAAACUAUGAUUCUUCUUCUUUAGAAGGAAAUACUCCGAGCACAGUGGAAAUCUUUGACUGGAAUUUGCAAACCAGACUUGAAGCUGCAUUACACGCUUAUCAUUCUCCUUAUCCCGAAGUGAGAGCCAUUUGUGAACCUUUUGAUGACCCUACUAUUCCUUGUGAAACUUUUAGAGCCUAUUUUUUAGGAAUUAUAUGGAUUGCUAUUGGAUCUUUCAUCAAUACUUUUUUCAGUCAAAGACAACCACAAAUCUCUUUGUCAGCUUCUGUUGUUCAACUUUUCUUUUAUCCAUGUGGUGUAUUAUUGCACCAAAUACUUCCUAAUUAUAAUGUCAAGAUUACCAAGAAUUUUUCUUUCAGUUUGAAUCCUGGUCCUUGGACUUAUAAGGAACAAAUGUUUGCAACAAUUAUGUAUUCUGUUUCUGCUCUGCCCUCUUACGUUCAUUACAAUAUUUACACUCAAAGAGUUCAACAAUUUUAUGGUAAUAAAUGGACAACUUGGGGUUAUCAAAUUUUAUUGGUGUUAUCAACAAAUUUCUUGGGUUUUGGGUUUGCCGGAAUUUUGCGUAGAUUCGCAGCUUAUCCAGUGAAGGCUAUCUGGCCAAACAUUUUACCAACGCUUGCUUUGAACAGAGCAUUACUUAAGCCCGAAAGAAAAGAAAGCAUUAAUGGUUGGAAGAUCACAAGAUAUAAUUUCUUUUUCAUAACUGUGAUUGCUUCAUUCUUGUACUUUUGGAUUCCAAAUUAUCUUUUUGCAGCUCUUUCAACAUUCAAUUGGAUGACUUGGAUUGCACCAAAUAAUUUUAACCUUGCAAUGAUUACUGGUUCUAUCAAAGGUUUAGGUGUUAACCCAAUUCCAUCCUUUGAUUGGAAUAUUUUAGCAAUGAAUUCCCCAUUGGUUCGUCCAUUUUACUCACAAGCUAACGAAUUCUUUGGAAUGACCAUUUCAUUCUUUGUCAUUGUCGCUUUGUGGUGGACAAAUAAUAAGUGGUCUGGUUAUUUACCAAUAAACUCCAAUGCUUUGUUUGACAACUAUGGAAAGAGAUACAUUGUUGCAAACGUAUUAGAUGAUAAUGGUUUGCUUGACAAGGCCAAGUAUGCUGAAUAUGGACCCCCAUACUAUUCUGCUGCCAACUUGGUCGUCUAUGGUACUUUUUUUUCUCUUUAUACGUUUUCUAUCUUUUAUGAAUCUAUCACUAGAUGGUCCGCAAUGAAGGAAUCUGCAAUUGCUGUCUACAAUACUUUUAGACACUACAGAAGAUCGGGAUUGGAAGGUUUAAAGGAUCCUCACACCAGAAUGAUGUCCCGUUAUAAGGAGGUUCCUGAAUGGUGCUUCCUUGUGAUUUUGGUAAUCUCCACUGUAUUUGCAAUUCUUUGUGUGAAAUUAUACCCUGGUACGGCAACACCUGUUUGGGCUAUUUUCUUUGCAAUUGCUAUUAAUUUUGUAUUUUUGAUUCCAUUGACUGCGCUUUACAGCUCCACUGGUUGGGGUUUUGGGUUGAACGUCUUAGUUGAAUUGAUCAUUGGUUAUGCACUUCCUGGUAAUUCACAAGCUUUGAUGCUUAUUAAAGCCUUUGGGUACAAUAUUGAUGGUCAAGCUCAGAAUUACGUCUCAGAUCAAAAGAUGGCUCAUUAUGCCAAAGUGCCUGCCCGUGCUCUUUUCAGAGGCCAAUUGUUUUCUGUGAUUUUGAACUCAUUCAUUGGAUUGGCUGUAAUGAAUUGGCAAAUUGACAGUAUGGAUGAUAUUUGUACUCCCGGUCAGAAGCAAAAGUUCACAUGUCCUGGGGCAACGACUUUCUUCUCUGCUUCAGUAUUUUGGGGUACUAUUGGACCAAAGAAGGUUUUCGGAGGUUUAUAUCCAGUUAUGCAAUAUUGUUUCUUAAUUGGUUUCUUAUUGGUCUUCCCAUCUCUUCUUUUUAGAUGGUAUGGCCCAAGAAGACUUACAAGAAAUUUCCAACCGUCAAUUAUUAUGGGUGGAUUCUUAAACUGGGCACCAUACAAUUUCUCAUACUUCACUGGUAGUAUGUACUUGUCUAUUGCUUUCAUGUACUACAUCAAGAAACAUUAUUUGACAUGGUGGGAAAAGUAUAAUUUCGUCUUUUCUGGGGCUAUGGAUGCUGGUGUUGCAUUCAGUAGUAUUAUCAUUUUCUUUGCUGUGCAAUUUAAUGAUAAAUCUAUUUCCUGGUGGGGAAAUGACGUUCCAUACGUUGGAAUUGAUGGUGGUUAUGGUCAACAAGCAAGACUCAAUGUUACCGAACUGGCUCCAGAUGGUUAUUUUGGUCUCAGAGUUGGAAAUUUCCCAUAA